CGCCACUGGGAGGGUGCAGCCGCUCGGGAGGCUCCAAGUUGGCCGAGCAGAAGGGACCCCUCUCUGCGGGCCGCUCCCCGAAAGGCGGAAAGAGGCCGAGGAGGGCGCGCCGCCGUCCCCGAGCCCCCCAGUCCCUGACCCCUGCCCGCGGCCGCAGCAUGCGCGCCCAGCCGGCGUGACCGGCUCCGCCCGCAGCCGCCCCGCAGCCCAGCCGGCGCUCUCGCGGUCACUCGGACCGGCGCCCGGGAGCGAUGAGCCAUGAAGCCGCCCGGCAGCAGCUCCCGGCGGCUGCUGGCCGGCUGCAGCCUGGCCGGCGCCUCCCGCGGCCCCUGUAGCUGCCCCGCCGGCCCGGUGCUGGCCCGCGCGCCGCCCUGCCGCCUGCUCCUCGUCCUUCUCCUGCUGCCUGCGCUCGCCGCCUCGUCCCGGCCCCGAGCCCGGGGGGCCGCUGCGCCCAGCGCUCCGCACUGGAAUGAAACUGCAGAAAAAGCCCUGGGAAUCCUGGCCGAGGAAGCCAAGACAUUGCAACAGAAUAGUAGCAGUAAUAUCAGCGACAGCAGUGCCAUGCAGAAGGAAAUCACACUGCCUUCAAGACUGGUGUAUUACAUCAACCAGGACUCAGAAAGCCCCUAUCAUGUUCUUGACACAAAGGCCAGACACCAAGAGAAACACAACAAGGCUGUCCAUCUGGCCCAGGCGAGCUUCCAGAUCGAAGCCUUUGGCUCCAAGUUCAUUCUCGACCUCAUACUGAACAAUGGUUUGCUGUCUUCCGACUACGUGGAGAUUCACUAUGAAAACGGGAAACCGAUGUACUCCAAGGGCGGAGAGCACUGUUACUACCACGGAAGCAUCCGAGGCGUCAAAGACUCCAGGGUGGCUCUGUCGACAUGCAAUGGACUCCAUGGCAUGUUUGAGGACGACACCUUCGUGUAUAUGAUAGAGCCUCUGGAGCUGACUCAUGAUGAGAGAAGCACAGGCCGGCCACACAUAAUCCAGAAAACCUUGGCAGGACAAUAUUCUAAGCAGAUGAAGAAUCUCAGCACAGAUGGCAGUGACCGGUGGCCUUUGCUACCUGAGUUACAGUGGCUGAGGAGAAGGAAGAGAGCCGUGAAUCCAUCACGUGGUGUGUUUGAAGAAAUGAAGUAUUUGGAGCUUAUGAUCGUUAAUGAUCACAAGACGUAUAAGAAGCACCGUUCUUCUCAGGCACAUACCAACAACUUUGCAAAGUCUGUGGUCAACCUUGUAGAUUCUAUUUACAAGGAACAGCUCAACACCAGGGUUGUCCUGGUGGCCGUAGAGACCUGGACCGAGAAGGAUCAGAUUGACAUCACCAUCAACCCUGUGCAGAUGCUGUAUGAAUUCUCCAAGUACCGGCAGCGUAUCAAGCAGCAUGCCGACGCGGUCCACCUCAUCUCGCGUGUGACAUUCCAUUAUAAGAGAAGCAGCCUCAGUUACUUUGGAGGUGUGUGCUCUCGCAUCAGAGGGGUUGGUGUAAAUGAGUAUGGUCUUCCAAUGGCAGUGGCACAAGUACUAUCACAGAGCCUGGCUCAAAACCUUGGAAUCCAGUGGGAGCCUUCCAGUAGGAAGCCAAAAUGUGAGUGCAUAGAAUCCUGGGGCGGCUGCAUCAUGGAAGAAACAGGGGUAUCCCAUUCUCGAAAGUUCUCCAAGUGCAGCAUUGCAGAAUACAGAGACUUCUUACAGAGAGGAGGCGGAUCCUGUCUUUUCAACAGGCCAACAAAGCUGUUUGAGCCCACAGAGUGUGGAAAUGGAUAUGUAGAGGCUGGGGAGGAAUGCGAUUGUGGUUUCCAUGUGGAGUGCUAUGGAGUUUGCUGUAAGAAAUGCUCGCUCUCCAACGGGGCGCACUGCAGUGAUGGCCCCUGCUGCAACAAUACCUCGUGUCUUUUUCAGUCACGCGGGUAUGAAUGUCGGGAUGCUGUAAACAGCUGUGAUAUCACGGAAUACUGCACUGGAGACUCUGGCCAGUGCCCGCCAAAUCUCCAUAAACAAGAUGGCUAUGCCUGCAAUCAAAAUCAGGGUCGCUGCUACAAUGGGGAGUGCAAGACAAGAGACAACCAGUGCCAGUACAUCUGGGGGACAAAGGCUGCAGGGUCAGACAAGUUCUGCUACGAAAAGCUGAAUACGGAAGGCACCGAGAAGGGAAACUGUGGCAAAGAUGGAGACCGGUGGAUCCAGUGCAGCAAACAUGACGUGUUCUGUGGAUUCUUGCUGUGCACCAAUCUUACUCGAGCUCCGAGAAUUGGUCAACUUCAAGGAGAGAUCAUCCCGACGUCCUUCUACCACCAAGGCCGAGUCAUUGACUGCAGUGGUGCUCACGUAGUUUUAGAUGAUGAUACAGAUGUGGGCUACGUAGAAGAUGGUACUCCAUGUGGCCCAUCCAUGAUGUGCUUAGAUCGGAAGUGCCUACAGAUUCAAGCCCUAAAUAUGAGCAGCUGCCCACUUGACUCCAAGGGGAAAGUCUGUUCAGGCCAUGGGGUGUGUAGUAAUGAAGCCACCUGCAUCUGUGAUUUCACUUGGGCAGGCACGGACUGCAGCAUCCGGGACCCCGUUCGGAACCCCAACCCCCCGAAGGAUGAAGGACCUAAGGGUCCUAGUGCCACCAAUCUCAUAAUAGGCUCCAUCGCUGGUGCCAUCCUGGUAGCAGCUAUUGUCCUUGGGGGCACAGGCUGGGGAUUUAAGUAAGCAAUGCAGCAUGUCUUUUCUUCUCUGUGGCUCGGGCACCUCUCUCUUCUGCUUACAUAACCUGGUUUUGAGUUCCUGCUACGAGACUUUGGUGUUAACAGUACAACCACACACACACACACACACACACACACACACACACACACACACACACACACAAAUAUGCUUUUACUCAGAAGUGGGUUAGAAAUGAAGGACGUGGAGCUUCAAAUGUCGUCUUCAGGCAGGCAGGGAAGCACAGGCAACGGAAGCAAUUCACUUGAAUUUGAAGAAAGAACACGUCAAUAGAAGUCCAUAGAAGACAUUUCCAGCGUGUGGUAGCAAAGCCUCCCGAGUGCUUUCGUGUGCACUUGGGUGACCAAGGAGAUAGGUUAAGAAAUAAGUAUACAUAAAUUCCUACUUGUCUCUGCUAGAGACUGGUUUAUUGUCCAUUGGGGUCUUCUACAAUCUCAGGCAUCCCAUAACUAAUGUUUUUUCUUUUUUUUUUUUUUUUAACAUGUAACUUUGUAAUUUGAAAACUUUCAUUACUUACUUACAGACAUUUAAAAAAUACUUUUAUUAUUUCUCUAGCCAACUAAAUUGGAAAGCAAUGGCUUUGUAACAUUUACAUAGCUAAGUGGUCCUGCUGGGCUUUCCAGUGACUUUUCAUUCGGAUUGCAUAUUGAUAGCCAAGAUUGCUGAAUCAGACCAUAUUGGAAAAGAACAGAUAAACCCUAUUGUAUUUAACCUUUUAAAACAGAUUUAUGAUUUAUCUAGUUUGGGUAUUUUGUACCUCAGAUUCAUUAGAGAGUCACUUUCAUACAUUUUGGGCUGGGGUGACUUGAUUUUUAUUUUUUUAUAGGUAAGCCUUCCUCUGCCAAAUAGUUCCUUUCAUAAAUUAACUUUCAUCCAGAUCUUUUGGAAAGAAUUUAAGUGGGAGAUGAAGCCUGCUGCCAAACCAAAGCCCCCUCACUUUGCUUCCAUCCAGCUACUCAAGGGAGGAAGCUUUGCCGAGAACGAACAUGGAGUGACCUUCAUUAAAUCAGUUAAAAUCUUAUUAUUAGAAGCUGAUUAUGAAAGAAAAGAUACCAAGGUGUGAUCUAAAUAAAUCAGCUCUUUCUGCUAAUUUGUUACUGUGUGGAGAUUUAGUGAGUAAGUCCAUACCAUUUGAGAGGUUUCUACUUGCAAAUACGUAUCAAAUCAAAUACACGGAUGUCUAUAAAUUGCCUAUAAAGUUCACUUAUUUAGUGAAAGAGUAAUUCUGACAUCAGCGUGCUUGCAGAAACACACAAACCGAAUAGGUAGCUGAUAUUUGGAUUUCCUCAUUUGAAGGAGAUACUGUCCAUCCUGGAUCACAUAAGGAGAAUCUCAGAAGCGGUAUGUUUCUGUUUGGAUUUUCCUCAUUGCAGAGGAAAACUUUUCUUAGUGCCCCACUACUGUGAAAAAGUCAUCAUAUAUUAUAGAAAUUGUGUAUUCUAUUUAUAAUGCUUUCUUUAAAAAAAAAAAUCACAUGUGCCUCCAGAAAAAGAAAUUUGGCCCAUUCUGUGGCAUGGACCUCCUUACCAUUAAGAAACAUUCAUUUCAAAGGCCCUAGAAACCAUCUCCUGUGAGUCAUUGCCAUGCAAAGCCACACAACGCCAGAUGUACCGUUUCUUUGUUUGCCAUGAGAGCACAUUGUUCUGUAGCAGGACCUCAAAACAGCAGCCUGGCUAGCUCUCAGCUUGAACUGCAUGUUCUGGGGGAGAAGCUUUUAUUACUGUGUCAGUUAGUGGGUUAGGCUCUGUGCAGAUGAUUCCCGACUAAGAGAGAUGUCCAGUCAUGAGAAGAGCAAGGCACAAGGUGAGGGAUCAACCCAGAAUCAACCAAGCAAGGUUCAAACCUGGCUCUGCUGACUUUGGGUGGGGACUGUAGAGACACUUCUGGAUGAGCUCAGUUAUAAAGCUCCUUCUUAUUUCUUGCUGCUGGAAUGUUCACUUUCUGGUAACGUGUAGAAAGGCACAAUACUGCACAAUCCCAUGCUGUAAAUAUUUUCAUGCCUUGAGGAUAACAGGCCAAGAAUGUUUCUCAAAUGUUUAACUUCUCCUUUGUUCAACUUCGGAGCUGGAAUUUGGAGAGGCUGUUGUACCCCAAGCUGCUAGUUGCCACGCUGUUUGCUUUAGGUCUUCGUAGGGAAUGGUGGUUUGUAUCAAGCUGUGAACUGUUACUCCUACUUCACAAUGGAACGCUGUCUGUGCUCAGUAAUAAUGCUCGAGUUUUCCCACCACUUGGACAGUUUUGAAGACGAUCAGAGAUGAUUUGGAAGUACUGAGUUGGAAGCCUUUCAGAGUGUCACUGAGCUCAGUGUAAAUAAAAGCAGUUUCCUUUAGUAGCAGAAAUUGGAAGUAGUUGUCAAGAAGAUUGUUCUAGAUAGCGCUGUUGGAAAUCCUUCCUGAAACUGGGGCAUUAUUCCCAGAAGAGGAAAGAGCAAAGUCUCCUGAAGCCUUUGAGGGUGGGGUAAACGUUGCAAUGAAAAGAACAGGUGCAAGUGAUUGGUUGGGAGAGAGCACACUUUCCUGGUGUCACAUUCCUUUAGACGUGAUUGGCUGAGUAAUUCAGAGGCGGAAGAGCGGCACCAUCAUCCUUUGCCUGAACUGGCAGACAAAGACAAGCAAGAAACACAACUAUGCUGGCACCUGCCCUUGCCCUACUGACUCUUCCCUUACAGCACACUUCUGCACUCGGGGUCGAAAGAUAGGACUUCGGGAGGAUAUGGAUAUGUGCACCUUAUGAACGUAAAGCUAUGCACAUUGAUCAGAAUUAUUGUGAUCUGAAACCAACACAAAUUUAGGUUGCUUCUUUUUAGUCAGAUAGUCAAGUCUGAAACAUUUGGUUAAUGUGCACAGGACUUCCACAUACAAAGUUGUAGAAUUCCUAAAAAGAGAGAGAGAAAAAAUAAGUACUCUUUGUUGGGAUGUUUGUUACUGCAUCCAUGUAUUCAGAUAUAUUGAGUAAUGUAAAAUGGGCAUGUAGUAAUGUUGGGUAAAUCCAUACUCCAUGUUCUAGAGGUCUUGAGGGUACUAAGGCAUGACCAAGUGGGUAAGUUUCCAUGUGUUGAGAAUCUUGUGGUUAAUUCUGAGGCAUUUUGUGGAAAAUGAAUAUAGGCCACGGCACACCAACAUGCCCUCCUUCUUCCUGCAGCUGCACUUAUAUUUCUCGGCUCCAGUUGUGAGCUGUGGUGGGGAGAUCACUAACCUCUGUCAUGGUUGACUCAUGGGCCCCUGAUACCUAAUUCAUGCUGAAUAAUAGUGAUACUCAAUUAAACUACUGGAGUUACUGGUUUUUACUGGACAUUUGAACAAAUGAAAUAGACGAUAGAUUAUCUUAGGAGCAUCUUCCCCAAAGUUUAGGGAAAAUGGAAUGUAAACUUUGCAUAUGCAUUAAAAAAUUAACAAGGCUGCAUUUACUUUGAAGAAAACUAUUUAUGCAACACCCCUGUCUUAGGGUUACUACUACUGCAAUGAGACACCAUGACCAAAAAAUAACUUGGGGAGGAAAGGGAUUAUUUGUCUCACACUUCU